AUUCAAUACUAAAUAAAGGGUUGAAACUAAACCUACAAUAUAUAAUCUCAGCUCUUCUCGAAAGCACCGAUGAAUAAUACCAACCAAUCACAAUAAAAGCAAUUAUUUUGGUGAAUGUCAACCCUAAGCAAAGUGCCAAAACUAACAGAUAUCGAAAUCUGAUGAUUGCAGUGCAUGAUAGUCGGCCUGGCAGGGUUCGCCGUGGCGGAGCCGCCAGUGUCGUCCGGGUACAGCUACAACAGGCCAACUGGAGGCGGCGGUGGAUACUCCGGCGGCGGUGGCGGUGGUGGUGGCUACUCCCUCGGAGGCGGUGGCGGUGGAGGCUACACCCAGGUGUCCACUGGCUACCAGACCAACGAGGGUGCGUCCGUCGACGGUGCCCUGCUCGAGCAGAUCCGCCAGAUUUUACUGAAGGAGGAGUUGAACUCUCAGCAAACCGGAGGAUUCGGAGGCGGAGGCGGCGGAUACGCGCCUAGCUCCAGCUACGGUGCUCCGUCCAGUCAGUACGGUGUUCCUAGCUCGGCUUACGGUGCUCCUAGUUACCAAACCCGCGUGGUGGGCAUCGAUCUCGAAGGAAUCAGGCAGGCCAUCCAGGUGGCGCAGUUCAACCAGGUCAGCCAAGGACCUGGCGGCUACCCGAGCGGACCUAGCGGAAGCUACGGAGCACCGAGCAGACCGAGCGGUAGCUACGGCGCGCCGUACUAGGAUCUUGAAGAUGAUGAUGAGCUUGGAUGAUGGGAGAGCGAGCGAGGGAGAAAAUGAGUGAGAACGAGUGGACACCAGUCGACCAUCGCGACGGCCUUCCGAGCUAAGGAACAUUUUACCAAAAGAGUAAAAUGAUCUCUCGUUCUGAAGGAUAAGACAGCGAGGACCGGCCAGGGCGAACUGGAGGACCGAAGACAACGUUUCCAACUCGCGAAUUCGCUUCUCUCGAGCGAACAUUCCUCUGGUCCGACCAUCCCUCUCGGAAGGUCGUCGCACGAAGAGCGGAUCGUCGAGCACGAUGAAACGAACGGCACAGGAGGUCGCCGUUCAAACGCGUCGGGGUUCACGGACGAAGAGGAUGAAGAGAUAUCAAGGUGCGCGCGCGUGGCCAACAACCGGCGAGGAUUCCCGGGCUCCUGUCUCGUUGAAAUCAAAUCGUCGUCACUUCAACGGGCCCAGAGCCCCCCCGGGAUCGCGGGAUGUGCGCGUCGAAGGUAAAACCGGGCUCCAGUGGGCCGCCGUCUCGUUGGGGAUUAAAAGGUCGUCGCUCCAACGGGCUCGGGGCUCAGGAGUGAACUUGAACGUCCGCGAAACUUGAAAUCCUUUGAGAAGUCUUGCUUGAUGCCUGGUGUCCACUCGAGAGAGUCAUCCUCGAGAAUCGGUAUCGCGAAUCCUUCGCGCGAGAAGGACCUUCGAGUUAAUUCCUUGGUAAACCUUGCUCCCCACGCUGCACCCUCGACGGGUGACGGCGUUCAGCCUCAGAAACGAGUGAUAUUCUUUUAAUUUAAAUUUAACGUAGUCCAGUUCUCGUAAUAGGUUCCGAUGAAUAGGUAUUGAAAGGAGGCGAAGCAAAGUCUCUCGAGUGGACACCAGGCAUAAACGAUCGAAGCGUCGAGCAUGGUGUCGCGUUCUGUCGUACCAAAAUCAUUCGUC